AUGUCUUUGUUGGCGGAGCUAUACUCCUACAGAGUCCACCAAAAUGACCAGUAUCAAACACCAUCACAGUAUGUCUUUCGGCCUUGCCAGUAUUGUCCUCAGGGAUUGAAGGCUUCCAUUUUUGAUGGUUUGCUUGUUGUAUCUCGGCACCUCAAUCCUGGUAUUUUCUGCUUCCUAAAUCAGGCGGCGUGCACUAGCAUUAGCUCUAUUCUGUUUGGCUAUUUUCACGGUAACAGACUUGAAUCCGAAAAGCUGCCAGCACAAGCUCCAACACCGCCACAAGAAAAAAAAACAGUGUGCACUCCAAAAUCCAACCCCCAUGUGGUUGCAGUUAUCGAAUCGAUUUUGGCGGAAAUAUCAGCAGGUGCUAAAGAGGUUCCAGCAGCACGAGCAGGCCGUUCACAGACAAAUUCCAAUGGAAUACCAUCGGUACGAAUAGCGCCAGUAAAGUUCUUGCCUGGCAGCGCUUUUCCAUCAAAGUCAUUUCAUGAGUGA